AUUGAUAUGUAUGUAAAUGCAAAAGGAAAAAAGCAAUCCCACUAACUACUUGAUCGCCUAUAUAAGAGAUCUAACCAAACAGCCUUCCAGCACCAAGAGAGCUCAAGAACACUUAGCUACUAAAAAAAAAACCUUUUUCAAUCUCCUUUGUGAGUUAACUAAAAUGGCCUCAACGCAAUGCCACAACAAGCCAGCAGCCAAGGAGGGCUCAUUGGGCCAGAAGGUUUCUGAGAUUGCUGGCUUUCUGAGAGGAGGUCACCAUGGAGAAUACAACAGCAGCAUCAGCCACACUACUAGCACCCAAUAUUGCUUGGCCACCCCAGCAACUAAUGGGCAGCAUGGGCUGAACCAGCACCAUGCAACUACUGGCUUGACACGCCAUGGAACCAAGAAGAGGGGUGAGCGCAAGAACAAGAAGACAGGUGGCAGCCGAAAUCUCCUUCAGAAGAUCAAGGAUGGCAUUUCUGGCCAUAGCAGCGAGAGCAGCAGCAGCAGCAGCAGCGACAGCGAAAAUGAAGGCUGCCAAAAGAAGAACUAAAUGGAACAGAUGUGGGAGAUCAGCAUCAACUAAAUAUCAGGGACAGUAUAUAUAUGAUAACUGAAGUACAAGUAUAUAAUAAGUGUAAAAUGCAAUAAUGGCCUUACUGGCUUCUGAUCUCUCACCACUUGGUUAUCUAUAUAUAAUACAAGUGAAAAUAUAUAUGUAUAUGUAUAUGUAUAUGUCUCUGCCUCUGGCUCUCAAAAUAAAGUUAUUUUCGUGUGAUAUAUUGAUGCUUCAUCCAGUAAACAUUCCCGAAAUUGUGUGGCUCGGUGGAAAACAACAUGAGAAGAACGAUGAUAGAACAAUAUAUGCAUCGUCCUUGCAAUAAUAUACGCCAUGUCAUGUGAUAGAUUUUUGCCAUUAAUAACUUGAAACAAAUGAAUGUUCGGAUCAAUCACAAGUUACCGACAUGAUGCAGGCACAUGGCAGUCAUUGAUUGGUGUAGGUCCCCAAGGUAGCUAGGUUUCUCACCAAAUCAGGCCAUUCGAAGAGAAAGUCGCAUCUCAUCACAAUGAAGUUAAGGGUGGAUGGUGAGAAUAAAAAGCAAGUUACAUAUACUGAAUUUAUAAUACCUUGGAAAUUCACGGUACUUUAACGACUAUAGAUUAAAUAUCGAUAAUGUAUCAAGCACUGUAACGUUUAUGAGUAGUCAUGUUUUUUUAUAAGAGCUAAAAAACUAUCUGACAAAA